CCAAGAGUGGAUUGCUCAUGCUCAGAUUAUUAUUUUGUUUGUUUGUGACUUUGUGUUGUUGAUGUUUGUACUUUGUAGGUUACCGAAUCAAAAUAUUGUAAACUGCAGAUUGCACCUUUCGUAAAUAAAUAUGGCCGAAAAAAGGGAAAGAGGGCCAAAUUUUACAGAAAUGGAGAAAUCCCAAUUACUUGAGAUUGUUCUCAAGUAUAAGGACAUAAUUGAAAACAAGAAGACAGACAAGGUAUCCCUCCUCACAAAAAAUAAUACUUGGAAAAGAAUUAAUAAGGAGUACAAUGCUAUCCAAAGGAGUACAGGCAUCAGAGAGUUGAAAACCCUUAAAGCUCUCUACGAAUGUUUGAAGGCAAAGGCCAGAAAAGAUAAGGCGGCAGAAAGAAUAGAGACAAUGAAAACUGGGAGAGGCUCAUGCACAUCUUCAAUGGGUGAACUCUCCAGUAGGCUGAUUAGAGAGCUGGGUGAACAGUUCCAGCCACUGCAAAAUGAAUUCGAUUCCAUUAGCGGAAAUUUUGAAAAAGUUCCAGAUGAAAGUGAAGCAGUAAAGAUCCAGCUAGAUAAUUCCGCUGACGUCUCAAUCAGGGAUGAACAAAUUAUUGAGGAGCCGAUUGUCGUUAUUGAGGAGCCACAGCCGAAUGAAGGACCUGCGUUUGCUACCGCCGCCAUUAGGAAAAGGAGAAGAAUAAGUGAAAGUGAUGCCACUAUUGCACUGGAAGAGUAUGCCAGAGGGAAAGUAGAUGUAUCCAGACAAAAACUUGAUCUUUUUCUUAUACAGCAUCAAAAAAGAAUCAAAAUACUCAACUUGGAGGAGGAAGCGGCUGAGAAGAAGAUGAGAAUCUUGGAAAUAGAGGAGAAGACAGCCAAAAACAAUUUGAAAAUUUCGGAAUUGAAAGAGGAAACCGCCAAAAUGUAUUUGGAAAAGGAGAAGGUGGAGUUGGAAAUUUCAAAAAUAAAAUUGGAAAGAGAAAAAUUGUGAUUUGAUGUUAGGUCUAAUUAUUUUGAUUUGUAGUGUAAUUAUUUUGAGUUAAGUUAGUUUGAUUUUUUAACAGCUGAAUGAAUUAGUAAAAUUAACUAGAAGCCAUAAUAUAAGGCUAAUGCCCCGUUUCACCAACCUUGAUCAAAUAUAGCCUAGCCAUGGUCAAUUAGACCAUAGUCAAAAUUCAAUCACUCGUUCAAACAUACAACUGUUCCACCAACCUCGGGAUUGAUCAAAACUCCGUCGAUCAGAUCUGAACAUGGUCAACUCUUGUAGCUGUACUUUUCUGAAGUUGGCCAGCAUGUUUGCUGGCUUGCUAUUGGCUACAUCUGAUUUUGAUGGAUGAAAAUUACUAAGAUAUUGCAAUUAUUAUUUAAAUGCUAAUGAAUUAAUAAUUAUUAUUAAACGAAAAUCCAAAUUAAAUGCUGUAAUAUAGUAAAUACGGUAGCACCCCAUAAUAAUAAUAAUAUCGUGUGACCUGGCGGGCUCAGGUCUGGUUUCAGAGUUUUCAGGUCGCAACUGAUCAAUUUCAGGGCCUCUGACAUGACCUAACGACUGCUUUCUAGGCAGCCGGGACCGACGGCUUAACGUGUCCAUCCGAAACACGGGAAUGGCCCGAGAAAAAUAUCUUGCCCGGGCUGGGAUUCGAACCCGGGCCUUUGGAUUCCAAAGCCAGCAUCUAAUCCACUCGACUACGGCCACUCCCUUAAGCACCCCAUGAUACUUAAUAUCAGUUUUGCUGCUCAUAUUCAGAGGGUAAUUUGCGCUGAAUGUCCUUUUUACUUUACCGUCAGGCCGUCAAAAAUUCAGAUUACUGUAUUUUUUCUGUAAUAACUGUACUGAUUUUUCUUCAUAUUCAUUGUUUCGGGGCGGUCCCCUUAAGCCCCUUCUUAUAUAUGCCACUGGCACAGACGUUUUUUAUAGUCACACAUCUAUAAUAUUUUAUAAUAAUAAUUCAAAUUUGAAUUGAAUACUCUCGUAUAAAGAGAUUUACAAAUCACCAUCAAUUUUGACAAUUUUUUCAUGAACAAAAGAACAUUCCAAUUCUAAUGAGAUACAUUGGUUGAUGUAAGGAUUGAAUAAUAUAGGCCUACUGUGUACCUAAUAAAAGAGUAAAGCAAAUCUUUUUCAAAAUCUUCCUUUAUUUUCUAUACUAUAAUAAUUUACUAAUCAAAAGAUUCCGAAAACGAACCUAAUAAAUAACUUACUACAACUAAAUCAAUCGCACUAAAAACUUUGACAUUUUUCAUUGCUUCAAAAACAUAACCCACAAACAAGCAAGGAAAUUGAUCGAACCAGUCUUUUGACCGUGUUCAAAUAAUUUGAUCGCCCGUUGAUCGCGGCAGUCAAACUUAACCAUUGGUUUGACCGUGGUCAAACGUAACUGGUGUUGGUGGAACAAAUUAUUUCUGAUUUGACCAGCCUGAUAGACUUUAACCAUUUUCAAAUGCCUUGACCAAGGUUGGUGAAACGGGGCAUUAGACUGUUCACAACCAUUCCCACCGCUAUGUAACUUCAGAAACUCAUCCAAUUUCAAAGUCAUGCAGAUGAGCACAUUUUUUAUAAACUUCAAAAUCAGAAAAUACACUCCGAGCACAUUUUUAUUUGACACCUUGUUCUUCAGAUUUGCUUCACUAGCAGCUAUGAUAUAAAGCUUAGACUUUUCACCACCACUCCCCUCGUCCUGUAACUUCAGAAAUUUUUCAUAUAUUGCUUAUUCUGAAAAUAGGUUCCGAGGACAUUUAUUUGAUACCUUGUACUUCAGAUUUGCUUCACUAGAAGCCAUGAUAUAAGGUAUUUUACUUUCUGAGUAUCUAUUCUUUUACAUUUCUUCGUUUGGCAUCUAUCUCUAUUCCUUUGUAGACGUAAUAGGAUGUAGAAUACAGAUUAAUAUUCUAGAUCUUGGGAAGUCUAAUAUUGUUCUUAACUGAGUGCAUAGGUGUGUGAAUGAUGAGUUACAUUUCUUAAUUUGAUUUUAAUCUUUUUUUCGUAUUUUUAGUAUUGAAUUCAUCUAUUUUACAUUUUAUUUUUUAUUCAACUGUUAUACAUAUUAGUUGAGUUUUAGCUCUAAAUUUCAUUUUUAUCAUCGACUAUUCAAAAUUCAUUUUUGUAAAAAUUUUGUAUUAGUUAUCAAUUUGAAGUUUGGAUUUUCUGUUCAUUUUUCUAUUUUUUUAUAAUCUUGAUUUUGUUAUCAUAGUAUUCAUUUGUAUGUAAUGUGGGUUGUGUGACAGAGAGGACAUGGAGUCCUAACUCCGCCCUUAAUAAAGGCAAUCAAUCAAUCAA